GUUCAAAAAAAGUAGUUAAGUUUGUUCAAGUUGAGGAUUCAGUUGAACUUGAACCAAACCAAACUGAACAUAGGAACGAACAUAUAUGGAACCCAGUGGAGAAUAUAAAAACAGGAGGGGAGGUCUGGUGCAGGAAUCAAGUAGAAUCAAAAAUGUUUGGAAAUCAUAGCAUUAGUUGCUUGAAAAUAAUGUACCAACCAUAUAAGCGUGACUUUGAUGUCUGUGAUCAAGACAAUGAUUAUGAUGCUGAUAAUGAAACUAAGGAAUUAAAAACCUCAAAAUUAGAAUCUGUCAAUGAAGAUUACGAGAAAAAUAAUGCUGACGCAUCUACUAGUGAAGACAUCAAUCCAAAUGAUAGGACACAAGUUGCCACUGCUAUCAAUGCCGCUGAUAUAGUGAUGAUUACUACUUCAAUCAACCAAUCGUAA